ACAUGACCCUGGUGCCUGCUGCCCUCCAGGCUCAAGGAGACACAGAAUUCUCUCAGCGGUCCUUGAGUCUCUGUGGGGAAGUCCCAGUUUCCUUAUGGACUGAGCAAUGUUCCACUCUUCAAAACUGAAAUUACAGAGCCUGACAGGGAUUUCCACAGCUGCUUCUGCUUUCCUGUGGCCAUGACUUCCCCCACACAGCUACGCUGCAUGGAAAAUGGACCUAUUACCCUUGUACCAGGAGAAAAUGCCAUCUAAGUACUUUCAAGAACGCAACAAACGGAAGUUCUCGGAUUCCCUUAACAGCCAGCGCUGGAGAUUCUUGAAAAGUGGCUUGGAUGAUUUCAGAAGCGGCUUCCCUCCACCAUCUGACAACAUCCUCAUCUGUGGCACAAAGGGGCCUGUACCGAUUGUUCUGCGUAAUCACGCAUCUGAUGCUUCACGCAUGGCCCAGCAGAAAGGAAGUAAAAAGUGCACCAAAACCCAAGUCAGCCCUUCCAAGCUCAGUCCAUGGCAGAAAGCCAGGCGGGAUCACAUUGCACAAACAGAACACUGCCUGAUCCAGCACCCACUAGCACUCUAUUCUCAUCUGGAAGAAAGCAUCCCUCCAGAGCUUUUCGAAGAGGUGGUGGGCAUCCUGGAUCCUGAGAUGCACUUGAAUAGCGAAGGUGGAUACGAGGAUUGUGACCGGGACAGCCACACCCCUCAGCAAGUGCAGUAUCAGCUGGAGGAUGGGAAAAGUAAAGAAGCAUGUCCCAGAUCAUCAGCCCUCAGCAAGGAGUCCAAAGGCAAGAAUCCGCAGUACACCUACCUGUCCAAGAAAGAAGUAGCAGCAAGGAAAAAGGAGGCCAGUCUGAGCUACGUUCCUCCCCUGGAUGAGAAUGUAAGGCGAGUGACUAAGGAGUUUUGUGACUGGGUGGCUUCUUUGGGAGGAGAAAAAUACAAAGUGGAUGAAGCCACCAUUCUGAGCUUGUUUGACACUGGAUAUGAAACCAAACUGGUGCUGUCUGUGCCCAUCCAUGUUGUGGAAUUAAACAAUGUGCCAGCAGAGCUGAGAAAGUAUCUGGAUGUUUCACCUCCACCAACUGCUGUCAAGAGUCCUCUUCGUACCAGGUGCCACCCAGGCCUUGCCAAGGAUCCAUCCCAACCAAAAUGGGAGAAGAUCAGGUAUGGAGCCUGGUACCUUGAACCAAAAACAUGGAGAAAACAAAGAGCAAAUGAACCUUUAGAGGAUCCAAACCCAGCAGUGGAUACCGUUCAGAAUUUAAGGAACCAGUUUAGUGAAAAGGAGGCAGAGCUCCUGCAGCUCCAUGGAACACUCGCGUUUAAGGAAUUCCUCGAAAGGAAGGGCUACCGGAAGCCUGAGUUCCUCCUGCAGAUGCUGGCUGCAGGGGAUGCCAAUGGAGCACAAGAGCAGACUUCAAAGGGCUACAAGAAAGAGUCUCCGAAGAGACCCAAGGGGAUCAGAGAAGGAUCUUCCUCCACAAUUGUUAAUUAACACGGAGUUCUGACUUUAUUCGCAAGAAACAGAAGAAGCACUAGUGAAACUGCUCCUGGAAGUCCCCAAAAUAGUAAUCUCAAAGAUAGAUUGAUCAUUUCCUUCUUUAGAAAUUGCUAGUCAAAUAUAGUUUAAAGAGAACUACUUGGAUUUAUGAAUUCCAGACACAUGCCAGCUGUCCUGGGCUGCUCAGCCAUGGUACAGGCUGGCUGGGACACCCGGUUACAUUCUAGAGAUUUCAGCUCGACUCUACUGCACUAAUUUGGUUAAGAAUCAUGGUCUGGUUUGUUACUUGCCAAGUACCAAUGUUAUGCUCAGUGCUGUGUUGUCCUUUCCCUCAAGGAGCUUGCAAUCCAACAACUAGAUUAUUUCUUUAGGUGCAUAAAGGUUACCAAUCUAGGUAUCCCCAAGAGACAUAGUGUCUCAAACCAAGUCUACGCUAGAAAAGGUUUGCCUUCAGAGGAAACCCUCCUAGUGCUCUUGGCAGUGUAGCUUCUACCAUUCCCCCAGUGAGAUAAGCUAUAUGGCAAAAGCACUUUUAUGACACUGUCUACGCUAUGGCUUCUGCUGGUAUAGAAAUUCAUUUUAAAAGAAAAAUCACCUCCUUUAACCAAUGUUGUUAUAUCAGCAAGAGUUCUAGUAUAGACCUG